AUGGAUAAUGUAUCCAAUGAAAACUAUGGCGGUAAUAAUGCAGAAUAUGAAAGUAAUAAAAAUGAACUAAAAAUUGGUGAAAAAUACCAGCCAAAAAUAACAAACGAUAAAAAUAAGACAAGGCAUGAAAUAUAUACAAAUUCUAUUAAUGAUCAAAUAGAAUUAAAUGAAAUAGACGAAUUCGAUUUCGACCUGGAUAAUAUUAAUUCUCCAGUGAACGACCAUAAUUUUAAACCUGUGAAAAAUUUUUUUAAUUUUACCUUUGAUGAAAAUUCAUUCUUGCCAUCAAGUUUUAAUACACCUUAUUUAAUAAAAAAUCAUAUUGUUCAAUACAUGGACCCCAUAUUUAAAAAUGCUAAAAAAAAGGGCUAUUUAUGCUGUUGGACAUAA